GGAGUUCCCCUGCAGGAUGAUGGAUCGACCGGAGUUCAUUUUUGGGCAGUCACCGGAAUCUCUCAACUUCCCCCGCAGAGUGUGAGCUUCGUGGAACCAUCGCCUGUACCGUCAUUUAUCUACAAGGGCUAAAUCGCCUUUUAGUCGCAAUCGCUUUCCCACGGGCGAGACCGGUUUUCCAGGUUCCUCUACAAGCUCCCUCCAUAUGGAGUCGACCCAGGAUGAUGUAGCUGCAGCUGCAGUUCCGACUCGCAGGGACGAAAAGAUCGGCACAGACACAAACGACACCGGCCGUGCUGCCACAGAGGACGAGAUCAAGACGCUCCGUCACGUAACCGAUCGCAUUCCUCUACGAGUGUGGCUGGUGGCUUUCAUCGCAGCCGCUGAGCGUUUUACCUACUGGUCAACACAAGUCACAUGGCAGAACUACAUCCAGUACGGUCCCGACGAUGAGAUUACGGGGGUUCUCGGCCUUGGCCAGGCCACGGCCGUGACAAUCAAUAAUGCAUUCAGUACCAUCGUCUACGUACUUCCGAUCGUCAUAGGACCGAUUGCCGACGGCCGGUUAGGACGCUAUCGGACUCUUCAGAUAUGCACCAUCAUAUACCUCGCUGGCAUGACCGUGCUGUUGGGCUUCUCCACGCCCUCUGCCGUUGCCGCCGGAGUAGCCCUUCCCGGCUUCGUCGUCGCUUUAUGUCUCAUAGGUAUCGGUGUGGGAGGGGUGCAGACGGUGACUGCCCCUCUGAUAGCAGACCAGUACGACGAGACCGUUGCGAGGAUUGCAUACCGAAAGAAUGGCGAGCGUGUUGUCAUCGACCGUGAUAUGACCAUCCACUACAUAUACAGUAUUUACUGGUGGAUGGCCAAUGCCGCGUCGCUCGGCCAGAUUCCCACCACCUUGAUGGAGAAAUAUGUCAGCUUUUGGAGCGCCUACACCCUGACAACUGGCGUGCUGGCCCUCUCAAGCUCCCUUCUCUGGCUCGGAAAAAAACACUUCGUCCUCUGCGCCCCGUCGGGGACAGACUUGCCUCGCGCCUUUCGAGUUCUCUGGAUCGCCGCCACAUCAGGCUUUAGUCUGCAGGCGGCGAUGCCUGACGCUCAGCUUGCGCGUGGGAAUCAAGUCGGUUGGGAGGACGACUUCGUGAGCGACAUCCGUCAAGCCUUGAUGGCUGUGAAGGUUUGCUUGGUCUGGCCCAUUCUUCGUCUCUGCAUCGGCCACACCAGCUCCAACUCCAUCGCACAAGCCGGGCAGAUGCAAACGGUGGGCAUACCAAACGACCUCCUCAUGGCGUCCAAUUCCAUCGCGCUGGUCAUCGUCGGCCUCUUUGUGGAGAACUGGCUCUACCCCGUCCUCGAGAAGCGCAGGAUUGCCUUUGGGGAGAUGAAGCGCAUCACCCUGGGGCUCUUCGUCAUGGCGCUCUCGAUGGCCUACGGGACCGUCGUGCAGGCCCUGAUAUACGGCGCGCCCCCUUGCUACAACUUCCCGCUGCAGUGCCCCGAGUCGAACGGCGGAACCGUGCCCAACGACAUCAACGUGCUGGUCCAGCUGCCGUUAUACAUCAUCAUCUCCGUCAGCGAGGUGUUCGCCUUCGUCACCGGGAGCGCGUACAUGUACAAGAAGGCACCGAAGAACAUGAAGAGCAUCCUGCAGAGCUUCUUCGCCGCCAUGUCUGGCGUUGGGUACCUUCUUGCCGUUGCUAUUAGCCCGGCAGCGCGGAAUCCUGACCAGGUCAUAUUGUGGGGGAGCGUGACCGGCGUGAUGGGACUGGCAACGCUUGUUUUCUGGAUCUGCUUUAGAAGCUACGAUAAAAGGGACUCGUUGAGAUGAAUCAUGUUAAGAAACUACUAGAUCUCACCGGUAUAGAUACUAGCGUUAGAUAGUAAACGACAGAGGAGGGAACGGGGCUUAUAGAGAUUAUAUGUGUAAGCCUGCUAUUGCAGGUUACUAGCUAAUUAGGAAUUGCGAGUGCCUCCUGACUUAAUUAGUAGUUGAGAGCCGAGUACAGGCCUA